AUGGCCAACUCGGGCCUGCAGCUGCUGGGCUUCGCCCUGGCCCUGGUGGGCUGGGCGGGCCUGGUGGCGAGCACCGCCAUCCCGCAGUGGCAGAUGAGCUCGUACGCGGGCGACAACAUCAUCACGGCCCAGGCCAUGUACAAGGGGCUGUGGAUGGAGUGCGUGACGCAGAGCACCGGCAUGAUGAGCUGCAAAAUGUACGACUCGGUGCUGGCCCUGUCGGCGGCCUUGCAGGCCACCCGUGCCCUGAUGGUGGUGUCCCUGGUGCUGGGAUUCCUGGCCAUGUUUGUGGCCACGAUGGGCAUGAAGUGUACCAACUGUGGGGGAGACGACAAAGUGAAGAAGGCCCGAAUAGCUAUGACCGGAGGCAUCAUUUUCAUUGUGGGAGGUCUUGCUGCCUUGGUAGCCUGCUCCUGGUACGGCCACCAGAUUGUCACGGACUUCUACAACCCCCUGGUCCCCAUGAAUAUUAAGUACGAGUUUGGUCCUGCCAUCUUCAUUGGCUGGGCAGGGUCUGCUCUGGUCAUUCUGGGAGGUGCCCUGCUCUCUUGCUCCUGUCCUGGGAGCGAGAGCAAAGCUGGGUACCGUGCACCCCGCUCCUACCCUAAGCCCAACUCUGCCAAGGAGUACGUGUGAGCUGGGACCCCCCCCCAGCCCCAGCCUGGCAGCCUCUGGUGUGCCCAGGUGCUGAAAUGACCUGGGGGGCAGAGCUCAGCCCAUGGGUGGGGUGUGGAACUGGAGCCUCGCCUCAUCACCCCGCACACCAUGUACAGUUCCCAGGGUGGGGGUGGGGUGGGGUGGGGGAGACAAAAAGGGAGGAUGUGCUUUUUGUACAGUAAUAAAAAAAGUAUGUUUUGGAAA